GGCUCCUUUUCGGAACGACUGCGGAAGUGACUGCCAGCGAAUCGGCAUUUGCGGAGUCUGGCAGAGUUGUGGCUAUUUUGUGGUAGUCAUUGCUUUCGGCUGCAAAGAUGCCGGGUCUGGCAGCUGCAAGCCCUGCCCCCGCUGAGUCGCAGGAAAAGAAGCCGCUGAAGCCCUGCUGCGCCUGCCCGGAGACCAAGAAGGCGCGCGAUGCGUGCAUCAUCGAGAAAGGAGAAGAGCAUUGUGGACACCUGAUUGAGGCCCACAAGGAGUGUAUGAGAGCCCUGGGAUUUAAGAUAUGAAGUGGUGGUCUGCACUGUGAAUAAUGAAUAAUUCCUGAAGAAUGAAGAAGAGUAAAUAAUUUCGGGUGUUCUUUGAUGUACUUUGACAAAUGGAAAAUGUAUAAUUUAUUAAAAAGAGGAAAAUAUUAGUGGUGAAUGUUCAAGUGUGUUUCUUUUUGUUCUUCCUCACAUGAAAUUUAUUUUUCUUAAAGGGUACAGUAUAAAAUAUAAGUUUCUUGAAUUCUGUGUCA